UAGCCGAAAUGCAUUUUGGGAAGCGACGUGGAGCGUUGCUGGAGUAGCUGGCGUCAAAAGUUGAGCAAUGUUCAACUUUUGACGCCUCGACGGAGGCGUCAGCCAAUGAAAUCCCGUUUAUAUUCAAAUCUGCCAGUACAAUCGCAUAGCCAAUCAAACCGCGUGUAUGCUGGGAGAGACUACGCAGGUAAUUUCCUCAUAUUCAAAACAAUUGAGGGGAAAUUCAUUGUAGCGGAAGUGAAUCACCCGGUGCUGUAUGAUCAGUCUCUGUUCAUCUACCGGGAUACAAACCGGAGGAGCGAGGCAUGGAGGGAGGAGGCAGAGACAGUGGGUGAAACUGGAAAGAUGGAGACUCCUAAAACGAUACUCAGCAGCACUUUGGAAGAUUUGGGGAAAGAGGACUUUAAAAAGUUCAAGUGGUACCUUCAGGAGAAGGUCCUAGGAUUCAAAGGAAUCCCAAAGAGUCGUCUGGAGGAUGCAGACCGGAUGGACACAGUGGAUCAGAUGUUUCUGCACUACUGCAUCAAUACGUUCAAAGUGACCAUAAUAGUUUUGGGGGAGAUAAAGCAGAAUAAUCUAAAGGAGAAAUUAUCAAAACACCGUUCAGAACCUGAAGAGAUUGUUUCUGAGUGCCAAGCUAAACUCAAAUCACACCUGAGGAAAACGUUUGAAUUCAUGCCUGAGAAAAUCACAAAAAAAGGAAAUGUAAACCCCCUGAAUGAAAUCUACACCGAGAUCUCCAUCACAGAGGGGGGGUCUGCAGAGGUCAACAAGGAACAUGAGGUCCAACAAAUUGAAAUGGCAUCCAGGAAACCAGACAGACCAGAAACAACCAUCAGACAAGAAGACCUCUUUAAAGCCUCACCUGGAAGAGAUGCACCAAUCAGAGUGCUGACAAAGGGAGUGGCUGGCAUCGGGAAAACAGUGUUAACACAGAAGUUCACUCUGGACUGGGCUGAAGGCGAAGCCAACCAGGACAUCCAGUUCAUAUUUCCAUUACCGUUCAGAGAGCUGAAUGUGGUGAGAGAGAACAAGUUCAGCUUGGUGGAACUUGUUCAUCACUUCUUCUCUGAAACCAGAGACGCAGGAAUCUGCAGGUUUGAUCAGUUCUCGGUUGUGUUCAUCUUUGACGGUCUGGAUGAGUGUCGACUUCCUCUGGACUUCCACAACACUGAGAUCCUGACUGAUGUUACAGAGUCCACCUCAGUGAAUGUGCUGCUGACAAACCUCAUCAGGGGGAAGCUGCUUCCCUCUGCUCGCCUCUGGAUAACCACACGACCUGCAGCAGCCAAUCAGAUCCCUCCUGAGUUUGUGGACAUGGUGACAGAGGUCCGAGGGUUCACUGACCCACAGAAGGAGGAGUACUUCAGGAAGAGAUUCAAAGAUCAGGAGCAGGCCGGCACCAUCAUCUCCCACAUCAAGACCUCGCGAAGCCUCCACAUCAUGUGCCACAUCCCACUCUUCUGCUGGAUCUCUGCUUCAGUUCUGGAGGACAUGUUGAAAACCGGAGAGGGAGGAGAGCUGCCCAAGACCCUGACUGAGAUGUACAUCCACUUCCUGGUGGUUCAGUCCAAAGUCAAGAACGUCAAGUAUCAUGGAAGAGCUGACACAGAUUCACACUGGAGUCCAGAGACCAGGCAGAUGAUGGAGUCUCUCGAAAAACUGGCUUUUGAGCAGCUGCAGAAAGGCAACCUGAUCUUCGAUGAGUCCGACCUGACAGAGUGCGGCAUCGAUAUCACAGCAGCCUCAGUGUACUCAGGAGUGUUCACACAGGUCUUUAGAGAGGUGAGAGGGACGUACACAAACAAGGUGUUCUGCUUCGUCCAUCUGAGCGUUCAGGAGUUUCUGGCUGCUCUUCAUGUCCAUCUGAUCUUCAUCAACUCUGGAGUCAACCUGCUGUCAGAAGAACCAACAACCUCCCAGGAGUCUGAAGUCAAACCUACACUAACAAAUCUCUACCAGAGUGCUGUGGACCAGGCCUUACAGAGUCCAAACGGACACCUGGACUUGUUCCUCCGCUUCCUCCUGGGUCUUUCGCUGCAGACCAAUCAGAAACUCCUACGAGGCCUGCUGACAGAGACAGGAAGUAGCUAUCAGACCAAUAAGGAAACAGUCCGGUACAUCAAGAAGAAGAUGGAUGAGGAUCUGUCUGCAGAGAGAAGCAUCAACCUGUUCCACUGUCUGAAUGAACUGAAUCAUCAUUCUCUAGUGCAGAUCAUCCAAUAUUACCUGAGAUUAAGACAACUCUCUGAACAUCUGUCUCCUGCUCAGUGGGCAGUGUUGGUCUUCAUCGUACUGUCAUCAGAAGAAGAUCUGGACGUGUUUGACCUGAAUAAAUACUGUGCUUCAGAGAAGGCUCUUCUGAGGCUGCUGCCAGUGGUCAAAGCCACCAGGAAAGCUCUACUGAGUGGCUGUAAGCUGUCAGAGAGAAGCUGUGAAGCUCUGUCCUCAGUCCUCAACUCCCAGUCCUCUAGUCUGAGAGAGCUGGACCUGAGUAACAACAACCUGCAGGAUUCAGGAGUGAAGCUGCUGUGUGCUGGACUGCAGAGUCCACACUGUACUCUGGAAACCCUCAGUCUGUCAGGUUGUCUGGUCACAAAGGAAGGCUGUGUUCCUCUGGCUUCAGCUCUGAGCUCCAACCCCUCCCAUCUGAGAGAUCUGGACCUGAGUAACAACGACCUGGAGGAUUCAGGAGUGAAGCUGCUUUGUGCUGGACUAGAGAGUCCACACUGUGAACUGGAAACUCUCAGUCUGUCAGGCUGUCUGGUCACAGAGGAAGGCUGUGUUUCUCUGGCUUCAGCUCUGAGAUCCAACCCCUCCAACCUGAGAGAGCUGGACCUGAGCUACAAUCAUCCAGGAGACUCAGGAGCGAAGCUGCUGUCUGUUGGACUGGAGGAUCCACUCUGGAGACUGGAGACACUCAGGAUGGACCAUGGUGGACCUCAGUGGUUGAAACCUGGUCUGAGGAAGUAUGCCUGUGAACUGGAGCUGGACCCAAACACAGCUCACAAGGGACUCAAACUGUCCGAAGACAACAGGAAGGUGACAUUUGAGGAGGAGUGGCCAUAUCCUGUUCAUCCAGGGAGGUUUGAGAAGGAGCUUCAGCUGAUGUGUAGAGAAGCUCUGACUGGUCGCUGUUACUGGGAGGUCGAGUAUAGAGGAGAGGUUUAUAUAUCAGUGACUUACAGAGGAGACAGAGAGGACUGUAGGUGUGGAGGGAAUGAUAAGUCCUGGAGUCUGGAGUGCUCUGGUGAUCAUGGUUAUUACUCUGUCAGUGAUGGUUACUCUGUCUGUCACAAUAACAUAAGAACAAGCUUCUCCUCCUCCUCCCUCUUAGCCUCCCGCUACCCCCCCUCUGGUAGAGCAGCAGUGUAUCUGGAUCAUCCUGCUGGCUCUCUCUCCUUCUACAGAGUCUCCUCUAGAGACAGACUGAUCCACCUCCACACCUUCAGAACCACAUUCACUGAACCUCUCUAUGCUGGGUUUGGGUUUGGGUUUGAGUUGUUGACUGGGCCUGGGUACAGUUCUCUUCCUUUUUCAGUGUCUCUGUGUCCUCUGAAGGGCUGAGAGUCUCUCUUGUGGACAGAAACUGACUGCAGAUCAGCUGCUGAAGUCAGCUCGGUGUGUUCACCAUCACACACACACACACACACACACACACACACACACACACGCACACACACACACACAUCUGUCUCUGACACUAAAUGACAUAUUUUAUGUCUAAUAAUAUGAAACACAAUUGUUGGUAAUUUCUUCAAUGUUUGGAUUAUACUGCAAUGUAAUGAGAGUGUUACUGUCUCAUAUCUUCUUAUGUUUCUAAAUACUUUCAAUAAAAUAUUUUCUUUUCA